CAGAUCGGAGUUUACUCCCUUUGAUGAAAUCACGCCAUUUGUAACCAAUUAACAAAAAUCUAGGCCAGUUUUUAUCAGAGGAAAAGAAUGACUUAAAACAGCUCGACAAAAGGAUACUUUGAUAUUAUGUAUUAUUAGAAAAUUAAAAUAAAGAAAAUAGUAAAAUGGCUGACCAUAUUUCCAGUAGUGAGGACGAAGCGGAGAGAACUGUAUCGCACACUUUCGAUUUCACAAAGAAGACCUGGAAAGACGACGUCGCUUUUCUAGUUGAAGGCAGAAAACUGUUUGCUUCUAAAAGCAUUUUGGCGCUAGUUUCGCCUGUGUUUGAAAGUAUGUUCGGGUCGCAAUUUGCGGAAAAAUUUCAACAUGAGGUUCCAUUGCCUGGCAAAAAAUUCGACGAAUUUCACGAGUUUUUGCAAUGUAUUUAUCCAACGUCACAAAGACUUGUUAGCGAGUUAAAUGUCAACUGGUUGUUACCACUUGCAGAUGAAUACCAAGUGAAAUCCCUUGUCAAAAGGUGUAACAAAUUUUUAAAUGCCUACCUUUUGGCUAAAGAUGAUUUGUCAACAUCUUACUUCAUGAAAUGUUAUGAAAUGGCGAGCCGGUACCGUUUGAAUGAUGUUAAAAGCCUGUGUGCAGCUAUUCUGGCAGAAAAAGAAAUAGGUGAAUUAGAAGAAGCCAAGAGUGUUUUGCAAGAGCAAGAAACUUUUGUUAAACUUCAGAGUGACAUUAUAAGUAAACAAGGAAAGGAGCGUGAAGAAAGACGAACAGAACUUGUGAAGAUCUGUAUGAAUAUGGACAUGAACAAAAAUCUGUUAACCAGUAAUAUCAGAGGCUUUGAAUUAGCUAAAGGUGCGACUAUUGAGUUGAAGCCUUCAGUCGAAGCUCUGCUUCAAAAGCAACCACAAUAUAGUGUCCCAGUUCGGAUUUGGGAUCUCUACUUUCAGUUACAAAUUGCUCUUCAUUUAAAACAUGAUGGUGAGCAGAGUUUGAAAUUUAAGUUGAAAUGUACUUUUCCUAAUGAUGGGGUUGCCUGGGUUUGUGAGACGAAAACCAGAUUAUGUUUGAAAAACCAAUACGAUAUUCCAAGUGCUUCAAAUAUUUGUCACAACUUAAAUCGAAGUUUCCUCUGCAGAGAAAGUGACCAUGCUGUUGGUUUUCAAACAUUGUCACCAAUUUUAAAGAAUGACUCCGGAUUUGUGAAAAAGGAUAAACUGCACAUCAUAGUACACUUUUUCGCAAACAAGCCAUAUGUGGAGUAUUCACAACAGUUGCUCGAUCAACAGCAACGGCGUUAAUUGGAGCUUGGAAAACUGAUGAGAAAUAGUUAUGGUCAAAAAUUGAGGACAUAUAUUACACAAUUUAUUGAAUGAAAAUUGUUAAUAAAAAACCCCCCCACAAAACCCACAGUAAUUCAAGUUUUUAGUAAUGGAUUUCUAACAAGUUUGAGUUGAAAUAUUUGUGUGUGUAAAUAUCAAUAUUUAUAUGUGUAACAUGUAAAGUAAAGAGUACAGUUUAAUUUGAGUUUUGUAACAGGAAUUGAAUCAGUAGUGCAUGUAUAUUUUUCAAGAUUUUUUUAGCUUAUUUUAUGGCCGAUCUUAUAAAUUCAACAAACGAGUUGCUUUUGAAAAAUUUAGCUUUGAAUAUCAAAAAUGCAUUAUCUCUUAGAACUACAUUUACUUACAA